AUGCAAAUUUUCGUCAAAACUUUAACUGGUAAGACCAUCACUUUGGAAGUUGAAUCAUCAGACACCAUCGACAACGUCAAAUCCAAGAUCCAAGACAAGGAAGGUAUUCCACCAGACCAACAAAGAUUGAUCUUUGCCGGUAAGCAAUUGGAAGAUGGAAGAACAUUGUCCGACUACAACAUCCAAAAGGAAUCUACUUUGCACUUGGUGUUGAGAUUGAGAGGUGGUAUGCAGAUUUUCGUCAAAACUUUAACUGGUAAGACCAUCACUUUGGAAGUUGAAUCAUCAGACACCAUCGACAACGUCAAAUCCAAGAUCCAAGACAAGGAAGGUAUUCCACCAGACCAACAAAGAUUGAUCUUUGCCGGUAAGCAAUUGGAAGAUGGAAGAACAUUGUCCGACUACAACAUCCAAAAGGAAUCUACUUUGCACUUGGUGUUGAGAUUGAGAGGUGGUAUGCAAAUUUUCGUCAAAACUUUAACUGGUAAGACCAUCACUUUGGAAGUUGAAUCAUCAGACACCAUCGACAACGUCAAAUCCAAGAUCCAAGACAAGGAAGGUAUUCCACCAGACCAACAAAGAUUGAUCUUUGCCGGUAAGCAAUUGGAAGAUGGAAGAACAUUGUCCGACUACAACAUCCAAAAGGAAUCUACUUUGCACUUGGUGUUGAGAUUGAGAGGUGGUAUGCAGAUUUUCGUCAAAACUUUAACUGGUAAGACCAUCACUUUGGAAGUUGAAUCAUCAGACACCAUCGACAACGUCAAAUCCAAGAUCCAAGACAAGGAAGGUAUUCCACCAGACCAACAAAGAUUGAUCUUUGCCGGUAAGCAAUUGGAAGAUGGAAGAACAUUGUCCGACUACAACAUCCAAAAGGAAUCUACUUUGCACUUGGUGUUGAGAUUGAGAGGUGGUUUUUAA